AUGUGGCGAGACCUCACCCCUUAUCCUAAGCGCCUCGUCCAGCCUUCAACAUCAUCUCCCCAUGUCCUUGUCAUUGGAGCAGGCGUGACUGGUCUUGUCACUGCGUGGGUUCUUCUGGACAAAGGAUACAAAGUCACCAUUCUGUCUAAGGAGUGGGCAAACUACAGCCCGGACGACCGCCUCACAGCCCAAAUUGCCGGUGCCCUCUGGGAAUUUCCUCCCGCCGUCUGCGGCGCUCACACAGACCGUAUCUCCCUCUCCAACUCCAAACGCUGGUGCAUGGUUGCAUAUCAUGCAUGGGAGGCUAUUGCGUCUGUUCCUGGCCUCCGAGACGUCUCGGGUGUCAAGAUGAUGCCGUCCGGCUUCUUCUUUCCCAGGCCGGUCGAGAGCGACCCUGCCCAGUUCUCCAAGAUGGCUGAGAUCAUCUCCAGUGGUGUGAAAGGCUUCCGCCAUGACCGCAAGCUGAUAGAGCAGCGGCGGGUUGAUCCCACAUACGGCGCCGUCGACGCAUACGAGCUACUCGCUCCAAUCAUCGACACCGACCAGGCCAUGAUGUGGCUCAUGAGCGUCGUCCUGAGCAAAGGUGCUGCAACGGUCACAGAGACCAUCACAGGAGACCUCAUCGACCAGGAAGAAACACUCCGCGCCCGCUUCGGGGCCGAUGCCAUCGUGAACGCCACAGGCCUCUCCGGCACCGAGCUCGCGGGCGACAAGUCCUGCUACCCUAUCCGCGGAGCUCUGAUUCGUGUCGUCAACGACGGCAAGGACUUUCCCAAGGUCGAGUCUGCCCUCACCAUCACUGCCGACGCCGUCCACGACUCUAACGAAAUUGUGUUCCUCGUGCCGCGCAACGACAACAUCCUCCUCAUAGGCGGCAUCACACAGCCUCACGAGUCAACCCUCGACCUGACCCUCGACACGCCGAUUAUCAAGCGCAUGCGGAAGCGCUGCGAGAGCUUCCUUCCCGGUCUCAAGAACGCUCGCGUCGACGCUGCCUAUCCGCUCGCGCAGGGGCUCCGACCCUUCAGACAGAGAAAUGUACGCGUCGAGAGGGAACUGCGGACGAUCCCUGGGACGCAGCGGCCUAGCAGGAUUGUGCAUUCUUAUGGACAAGGAGGUGCUGGAUGGAGCCUCUCUUUCGGCUGUGCUGGGGACGUGGCGAUGCUGCUGGAGGAUGCUUUGAAAGAUCUCAUCCCUACUCCAAUGGAGUUUGAUCCUACCUACUCGGAUGAUAGUGAGUCUCAGAGCACCUCAAGUUCCUUUGAGUCAGUUUCCAGGAGGAGCAUGGACGAGUAA